CUAGCAUAUAUUUAGAGACAUUCUAGGGUUAUAAUUUCAGAUGAACAAAACUGCUCCUCCUCCCACUUCCCCCACGUUCAAUCUCCUUCAUAAUCAUUCUUCUUUCGGUAUUACAAUACACUCUCCUUCGCCAUGAAAUCGCGCGAUCACUCCUCCGCGGAGGCUCCGCCGCAAUCAGAUUACGCCUCCGCAGUAACCAGAGUAGCGGUGGCGCAGAUCUGCGGAACAGUGGGGUACGGAGCGGCGGAAGCCUCGGCGCUCGCGGUUCUAACCGACGUCACCGGUCUAUACCUGAGAGCGAUCGCUAAAUCCGCCGCCUCGUCCGCGAACUCCCGCGGCCGUACGGAGGCAAACCUCCUAGACGUCAUUGCGUCGCUGGAGGAGCUGAACUCCGUGCAGGGGUUCGAGGGCGCGUCGAUACCGACGAGCAACGCAUUGAGCUCGUCGCUGAUAAGAGAGCUGGAGAGAUUCGUGAAGUACACCGAGGAGACGCCGUUCGCGAAGCCUCUGCCUAGGAAUACGUUUUUCAGGAAGAAAGUAAAAUUGCCGAAGCGCGGCGGCGUGGAUCAGUAUAACGAGGGAAGGUUUAGGCACGUUCCGAAGUGGUUGCCUUCUGUGCCGGAGAUUGAGAAAGAGGAAAAGGGGGAGGCGAAAUGGGGGUUUGGUACGGGAAUGAAAGAGGAAAAGGAGUCCGAAUCAGAUUGGGAAUGGAAAAAUAACAGAGUGGAAAGAGAAGGGAAGGAGAAGAAGAACUUGCCUGUGAAGAGAAUCAGAGUAAAGUUCAAGCUGUUGCAGAAGAAAGGGAGGAAUGAUGGGAUUGAACAGAGUACAGCUGGAGUGUGUAGAGGUGGUGGGAUUGGGAAGAGGGUUUCAUGUGAGAAUCAUGGAGAUGAUGGAAAGAAGGAGAAUAAGAAGAAGAAAAAGAGCUCAAAGAUGGCAAAAUCUAUGAUCAUCCCAAACAAUCUCAGAUUAAGUCGGCCUUCUGAUAGUAUGAUUCUGUCAUGACAAUGAGAGAUGUUUGGAGAAUAAUGAAAGCAAAUUUUAUAGCCAAUCUGUGAGAAUAUGAGUAAUGUAAGGCAUGUUCACGUGGUAAAAGUGAUAGAAUUUUCUCAGUUGCUCUUA